AUGGCAUUGAUUGUGGAUCAACAAUCAAACUUCAAACACUUCUGUAAAAUUUGCAAAAAAGGCUUUGGAUGUGGAAGAGCAUUGGGAGGACAUAUGAGAGCUCAUGGGAUAGGCGACGAAAGUGGUCAAAUGGAUGACGAUGAUCCGGCGAGCGACUGGGAAGGUGGCAAUGCCAAUAAUAUUGUUCCACAAACAAGUAACAAGCGCAUGUAUUCUCUUAGAACAAAUCCUAAUAAGCAAAAAAGUUGUAGGGUAUGUGAGCAUUGUGGCAAAGAAUUUUUCUCUUGGAAAGCUUUUCUAGAACAUGGAAAAUGCAACUCAGAUGAAGCGGAUGAAGAGUCUCCUGAAUCCUCUCCAGAAUCAAACGCUAUGGCCGACGAUGGUGACGGCGAUGGCGCCGAUGGGAGGAGAGGAUGUGGUUGGUCCAAAAGAAAAAGGUCAAUGCGAACUAAAGUAGGUAGUUACAAUAAUAAUAAUAAUAAUUAUAUUUGUCCUUCAACCGAAGAAGAAGACCUAGCAAAUUGUUUAAUGAUGUUAUCAAAUGCUAUUGUGAAUCCCCUUGAGGCAGAACCAGAAGAAUCAUGUGCCUCAGCUUGUAGAGAUGAAGAAAGAAGAAAUCCUAUGAAUUUCAUCGCACCAUUGUCUUAUAGAAUCCCUUAUGAAACCAAUAACAAUAACAACAACAACAUCAACAACAAAGCCAAAGGUGUUGCAAAGGGUUUAUUUGAAUGCAAAGCAUGCAAAAAAGUUUUCAACUCCCACCAAGCUUUAGGUGGCCAUAGAGCCAGUCACAAAAAGGUUAAAGGAUGUUUUGCUGCAAGACUUGAUCAAAACCUUGAUGAAACCAUAGCUGAGGAUGAUGUCAUGACACAUGAUGAGUUCUUCCCUCCAAAAUCAAUCUCAACUCUACAAUAUGAUCAAGGAACCUCUAGUAACCCUACAUUAAUGCCUUCUUCUUCUUCCAAGAGAAAAUCAAAAGUGCAUGAAUGCUCAAUUUGUCAUAGGAGUUUCUCUUCUGGACAAGCAUUAGGUGGUCACAAAAGAUGUCAUUGGAUUACAUCAAAUGCACCUGAUACAUCUACAUUGGCAAGGUUUCAACAAUUUCAAGAUCAUAUGGAACAAAUACCUAAGUUUGAUAAUUCUUCUGAGCCAAUUGAUCUUAAACUUGAUCUUAAUCUUCCAGCUCCUACCAAUACACAAAUUUACAUGCAAUCAUGGGGUGCAACUGCAAACCCUAGCGCAAAUGCAAUAAAGGACAAUAAUAUUAUUAAAGAAGAUAAUAGUAGCCAAUGUAUGAUUCAACAAAAUCAAAAUAACAACCAAGUUGAUCAAAAUAAUGACACUCAUGAUGAAAACAACAAAAACAACAACCUUAAUUCUUUGGUACAAAACAUUGAUAAUAAUGAAGAUGAUAGUAAGGUUAAGUUGGCAAAAUUAAGUGAACUAAAAGAUGUAAUCAAUAUUGGUGGAAGCUCUUCACCUUGGUUGCAGGUUGGAAUUGGUGCAACAACCGAUGUGAGGAAUGAUACGUAA